AUGAUUCAAUCUAUCCCCCGAGUUGGCUGGUAUGGCCUCGGAUCCAUGGGUCUUGGCAUGUCAUUGAACCUCCAGAAAUACUUUCGAGCCAAGGACUUGCCUCCUCUUCGGUACAGUAACAGGACAAUCUCCAAGGGAGAUGCUCUUCGUGAUGCAGGAGCCGUGCCUGAAGAAGAGUUCGGUGCGCUAGUUCAGGAAUCGGAUGUCAUUUUCACAAUGAUCUCCACCGAUGAUGUCUUGAAAGACCUCCUAGAAAACGCCGCGGCCAUGGAGAUCUCGCUCGAGGGUAAAAUAUUCGUUGACACGUCCACGAUACACCCCGACACAUCCGAAUGGGCAGCGAGGCAUCUCCAGGACCACGGGGCGACAUUUAUUGCAGCACCGGUGUUCGGCGCAAGCCCCGUAGCAGCCGCUGGGAAGCUCAUAUUUGCUGUAGCUGGUCCUGCUGCAGCAAUUGAAAGAGUUCGACCUCUUAUCAUGGAUGUCAUGGGACGCAGCAUUAUUGAUAUGGGAGAAGAUGUGCACAGAUCGAGUCUCCUCAAAAUUUCAGGGAACAUCCUCGUCAUCAGCUUCAUGGAGGUCAUUGCUGAAGCACAGGUCUUUGCUGAAGUCACAGGAAUCGGGACCCAACAGAUGGAAGACUUUAUUGCAAACAUGUUCGGACCCGUACUGCAAAGUUACAGCAGACGCAUUACGAGUGGAGCCUAUGCACCUCCUUUGGACACAGCGCCUGGGUUCGCGGCCGCGCUCGCAUGUAAGGACAUGAAGCAUGCUCUGUCUAUUGCCGACAGUUGUAAUACCCGCCUUUGCACGCUCGAAACGGCGUCCAAGAGGCUGAGCACUGCGCGCGAGUAUGCCGGUGACAAUGUGGACAGCUCGGCUAUCUACGGCACGGCGCGGCUAGAGGCGGGGCUGUCAUUCUGGAGUGCGAAUAGUCGGCAGGGAAAUGAAUCUCUUACUUAG